AUUCCAACCUCUCCACGCGAACACCAUUAGGUGCUCACUAGCUCCUAUCCAAAUCCUCGGAACUCAAAAUAGUUGACCGAGUCUUAGUCAACUUCAUCUGCCGUCUAAAACGAUACGGCCACAAGCAAUUGGUACAGUCCUUGAGGCUUUCCAAUCAACCAUGGUCAAACCACUCACCUUCAAAGGCGACAAGAAGACGUCCAGCAAGAAGCGCAAACGGGAUGAUGCCGAAUCAAGCCGGACCAAAGGCCCCAAUGAGCAGAGUGUUUCCAAGGAGGAGUCAAAUGUCGGGGACGAUACAUGGGUCGCAGUCGACAGCCCAUCCGAUAUUUCCGGGCCUGUCAUCUUCAUCCUACCUACAUCCCCACCAAGUCUCCUCUCCUCGGAUGCGGCCGGAUCUAUAUUCAACCUAAAAGCGGAGAACAUCAUUGAGGGCAACCCUAAAACCGUCGAGCCGGACGAUGUGCGACAAGUGUGGAUAGCCUCAAGAGUCGCUGGUCGAGAAGAGUUCAGUUUCAAGUCAAGUCAUGGGAAGUACCUCUCUAGCGACAAGUACGGAUUACUAUCAGCAAUGCGCGAAGCGGUUGGGCUAGAGGAGGGAUGGGCCGUCCAAGAUGCCGACACACCUUCGAGAUAUGUUCUCAGAACCGGCCGUAGCACUUUUCUGGCAGCAAGAGACGAUAUCAAGGGCAAGACGGAGAUCAGAGCGGAUGGUGCUGAGAAAGACGACCAUCAAUCAGCCAUCAUUGUGAGGAUGCAAGCGAGAUUUAAGCCGAGAUUACAGGUUGCAAAAACAGAGAAAGCUUACGAGAAGAUCAGCUGGAGAGAACUGGAGGAGCUGGUAGGGCGUAAGUUGAACGAUGAUGAGGUCCGGACGCUGAAGAAGGCCCGUCGGCAUGGUGGGUUCCAUGAGGCUUUGUUGGAUGUCAAAGUUCGUGGGAAGCAUGAUAAGUUUGCAUAGAAAGCACUACUCUAUAUUUAACUUCAAUGUAACGUAGUAGAUGGAAUCAUGAGCCAUUCCAAUAAACGCUAUUUGUUCAACCCUUUUGAUGUAUCCAGAUUACAGCAAAGGAUGGAGCAUUUGCAG